UCUUGUUGAGAUUGAAAUAUUUCACUGACAUCAUCACAGCCCUGCCUGACUCACCACCACCACCCCAUGCAUCUGCUGCUGUAGUAAGCGCAGGGCUAGGUCUGACUGGAAGAGGAGGACUGAUCGGAUCGAGGACAGCUGACGCUACGGAACUAGCUAGCUAGUAGCGAGCGAGCCCAACAGCUAUUCAGCCAACGUUAGACUAAACAAAGGGGAUAUAACGGCUUUAUAAUUUAUAGGUUUAAUAAAUUGUUGAUUAUUUAUUAGACGAGGUAGCUUUACGAAUAUUAGCUGGUCUUUCAACGGGCGUCUUCUUACGUUUCCACGAGUGGUAGAAGGGCUACAGUAGCUUUUCAGUUUCAUAAAUCGGGAGCUCAACUAAUAACGUUAGCUGGAGCAAGCUAAGCCAGCUAGCACUAGCUAGUUUGCUUUACCCGGAGGCCUUAAUUUUGAGGUCUACAAGAGGAAGACAGUCCGACCCACACGCCCAUUGCUGCAAACAAGGGGCUUUCUGCGUCCCUGCGUCUUCAGAAGUUGCCAGUGUGGAGAAAACCGGGCCAAGACGGAUGGACCUCCUCUCCCGGUGAACUGUGAUGGUGACAGCACCACCCGACCCAGCUCCCCCUGCCUCUCCUCUUGGCCAGCCCCCAAGCCCACCUUCUCCCCGCCUCUCCUAGCGUCUGUUCUGCUCCCUUACUGCACCAUGAGUGGCGUCCCGCCCCGGACUGUGAUGCCACGCACCCAGCAGAGCUCUAAAUGAUAUGAUAGUAGUCGCCUGGAUAGCCUUCUGUGCUAGCAGGAGCCUCGCGCGGGUACUGCUUCUCUCCUGGGAGCACUUUCCCUCGCCACUCUUUUGGGAGAGCCUUGCGAACGCCGCCGCCGUAACUAUGGGCAACAGCUGUGUGUGUCGGGAGGACAGCGACGUAGAGGAGGGGUUGGGUCAGACUCGCGGCCAGACUAGACGAGUCAAUCACAGCACAGUGGGAGAGACCCCCGAGGCCAGGUCCAGCCGGCCCCGAGAACCAGUACGACCCCCCCGCCGGGGCCGGGGGCCCCAUGAACCCAGACGCAAGAAGCAGAACGUGGACGGGCUCGUGCUGGAUACCCUGGCCGUCAUCAGGACUCUGGUUGACAAUGACCAGGAGCCCCCAUACUCCAUGAUCACCCUGCACGAGAUGGCAGAGACGGAUGAUGGUUGGCUGGAAGUGGUGCAGUCUUUGAUCCGCGUGAUUCCAUUGGACGAUCCCCUGGGACCUGCUGUGAUCACUCUACUAUUGGACGAGUGUCCUCUGCCCACCAAGGAUGCAUUGCAGAAGCUGUCUGAGAUGCUGAGCCUGAGCGCCGCGGUGGCGCGUCAGGACGCCGUCAUCCCUGCCAAACACCGCAACACCACCGCCGUCCUGGGCUGCCUGGCUGAGAAGCUGGCUGGGCCGGCUAGCAUAGGCCUGCUCAGCCCUGGAACCCUGGAGUAUCUACUGGAGAGCUUGAGUUCCGAGGCCCAUCCCACAGUCAUGCUGUUUGCACUCAUCGCCUUGGAGAAGUUCUCCCAGACCAGUGAGAACAAGUUGACGGUGUGCGAGUCGUGCAUCAGUGAUCGGCUAGCCGUCCUGGAGACCUGGGCGGAGCACUCGGACUACCUGAAGCGCCAGGUGGGCUUCUGCUCCCAGUGGAGCCUCGACAACCUCUUCCUGAAGGAGGGUCGGCAGUUAACCUACGAGAAGGACCUGAGCAACAUCAAUGCCAUGCUCAACAGCAACGACGUCAGCGAGUACCUCAAGAUCUCCCCCCACGGUCUCGAGGCCCGCUGCGACGCGUCCUCCUUCGAGAGCGUGCGCUGCACCUUCUGCGUGGACUCCGGGGUGUGGUACUACGAGGUCACGGCCAUCACCUCGGGGGUCAUGCAGAUCGGCUGGGCUACGAAGGACAGCAAUGUGUGUUUGCAGGAGGGCUAUGGGAUAGGAGAUGAUGAGUACUCGUGUGCGUACGAUGGCUGCAGGCAGCUCAUCUGGUACAACGCUCGCAGUAAACCACACUCACACCCCUGCUGGAAGGAGGGAGACACUAUAGGCUUCCUGCGUAAGAAGCAGAUGAUAUUCUAUCUGAACGGACACCAGCUGCCCCCAGAGAAGCAGGUGUUCUCCUCAGCCACAUCUGGCUUUGCGGCAGCUAGCUUCAUGUCCUACCAGCAGUGUGAGUUUAACUUUGGGGCCAAGCCCUUCCGCCACCCACCCUCCGUCAAGUUCAGCACCUUCAACGACUUUGCCUCUCUAGCCUCGGACGAGAGAAUCAUCCUGCCAAGACACCGGCGUCUGGCCUUGCUGAAGCAGGUGAGCAUCCGGGACAACUGCUGCACGCUGUGCUGUGAUCUGAUGGCUGACACAGAGCUGAGGCCCUGCGGACACAGUGGGAUGUGUAUGGAGUGUGCCUUACAGCUGGAGACAUGCCCGCUCUGUCGCCAGGACAUCCAGACUCGCGUCAGACUCAUUUCACACGUGUCCUGACACACCACCUCCACCAAUCAGGACACAGAGACCCCCCCCCCUUCUCCCAACAUCAUCUAUCAUCUAGCGCCCUUCCCACCCCGUGAUCACCCUGACCAAUAGGACUGUGAGGCAGAGCCAGGACUUUUAACGUUGGGACCAUGGGCUGGGCAUGAAGAAAGGAAGGGGUGAGGGAGGAUGGAAGAGCAGUGGACUCAACAUUCAGGGGAGAUGGGAGAGAGAGGGAGGGAGGGUGGGAGGACAGGAUGCUGGUGGAGUAUGGAAAAGGAACCAUGUAGUUGGCAGCCUUCAGGAGGCACAAACCCCUACACACACACACACCUCUAGAUCCAGAGAGGACCUCCAGCCUCCCAGAAGCAGGAUGGCGGAUCAUGUCCUGCAGGAUCCUCUGUCUGUCCUCUGGUCCUGUCAGCUUAGAACUCUGACAUUUCUCUGUGAUUCUUCUGUUUUAUUCUGACCCCAUGUCAAAGGCACAACCACCACCGAUAGGCCAACCGACUCUUCCCUUUGCUUGAAUCGUUCGGUUUGAUUGAAUGAAUAUUGUGUUUGAAGAGCAGGCAAAAUUAAUUAUAAAAAAAAAAAAACAGUGAUUUAAAAGUAUUGUUUGUGUACAAUUAAAAUCCACUAGAACUAUUUGGGAAUCAAUUAAAUUAAAUCAAAUCAUGAAUAUUGUCUUGGAAAGUUGGGUUAUUUAAAUGAUCUGAGAAUGCACAAUGUUGUGAAGAAUUCACGACUAGUUUGGAGCUCAGAAAGUAUGGGGAUCAGGAAGAGUCUGCUCUCAGGUCCUUCCUGUCUGAAUGGGUGUGUGAAGAGCCACCAUUGGCAGACCAAGCCUGGCUGGAAAGAACUGCAAGACUGAAAAAGAUAAACUAGAAUAAGUUGUAUUUAUACAUCUUUAAAAGAAUAGCCCCAGGGUUCCCAAAGAUGUGAUUUACUGAAGAAUCAUUGUUUUCUGGAUUGUGAUAUUUGUAAUAAAUAUAUGUCAACGUGA